AUGAAAUACACAAUGACGUUUUCAACUGCGAAUGAUUGGGAAAAGAGUUUAUUAGAUUUUCCUUCACACAAAAAAUAUGAAGAAUUAGAUAAUGUAGAUAUCACUGAUAGUCAUAAUUACUGUAUAAGUAAUCUUGGAGAUGGUGAUGAGGAGGAUAAAAGACUUUGUAAUAAGAUAGUAAUAAAUUUAAAAUUAUUAAAAAAUGAAAAAGAUAAAGAUAAACAGAAACGAGAUUGUUAUUACUUUCAACACUGGUUCCAUGACCAGAUAAAGAAAAAAUACUAUAUUGGAACCAAUACACAUAUGAAUAAUUAUGCUGCUGGGAAACUUUUUGAUUUGGUAUCAUCAGUUGUUCCAGGGUAUAAUAUAGAUAAAGCUUGUAAUGUGUAUUAUCUUGGUGAUGCGAAAGGAUGGAAAGAAGAAAGAGAUAUUCAUGAUUAUUUUGAAAAUCUUGAAUAUAUUAAAUGCAGUAAUUUUGACAAAUCCAGAUGUGAAGCAUAUGUGAAUUACGUUACUUACAUUGACAACUUAUAUCAAAAGAAAAUUCAUAGAUGUUGCGACGAAAAAGAAACAUAUUUUUUUCCCUGUAAUUCUUCAAUUAAAUGUGGUGAUGAGUACAAUCCAAAAAUAUUAUUAGAAAAAUUGAAGAAAGAUCUCGAGUCAAUGGAUACAAAAAAAAAGGAAGAACAUGAAGAUAAUGGCGCUUUGCAACCUAAAGCAUCUCUGGACUCCACACCAAAAAGAAACAAUGAAGAUAAUGUUAAUACAGUAACACCAUAUAUUCCAGAGAUUAAAAGUAAUAAAGAAGCUGUGUUCAUUAUUGAUAUUCCUAAAGACAAAAAAACAAUGUAUGACAAGUUAGUUUCUAAAAUGUUUCUUAAUAUUAUCAUAACAGCUUCAGUGCUUGGAACGAUUUUCUUCCUUUUUUAUUAUCACAUGGUAAUUGCACUUUUAAUUUUAAAAUAUAAGUUUGCUAGAUUGGGAUCAUAUUCGCGUAAAAAAAAGAUUGAAAAUAUUUAUGAUGGUGAAUUUGAAAAAGGAUCAUCUAUGAAUGAUUCGGAUUCUAUGUUCUUAGAUCAUCCAAUCAGAAGAUUAAAUGUGGCUUUUACCACUGCAUAG